CACAUGUGUAUUUUCUCCAUGGAACUGCAAUACCAAUAAUUCUCGUCUCGCUUUGAGGAAGUUUGCUCGCGUGUUUCGUUACGUUCACGAAACUUUGUGUACAAUUAUUAAAUAAAAUGCCUUUUAUAUCAAAAGACUGGCGUUCGCCUGGUGAAGUGUGGGUGAAAACUCAAGAAGGCUGGGAGAAGAAAAAGGUUCUCGAAUGCACAGCACAAAGAUAUGCCGCUAUAACUAACUAUAAUAACCCAGAUGAUAAAGAACAAAAAUGGAGUGACGAAGAUGGCGACAAAAGUUCAGAGGAUGAGGUUGCGAGGGUACCACCUCACUGCCAUAUUACAAUCAAAUGCACAAGAGAGAUCGCAGGAUUUAAUGGCCUAUCAGAAGCGGUGCGUCGGUUGGACUUCUCAUCAGCUGUCCGCGAUGUCAGGCGAUUCAAUUACAUCUGCGCAUUGUUAGAGCUACUUCUGUGUGGCCAGAGAUUAACCCAUCUGCCUGGAGCCGCGCAGAAAUUGCUCCUGUCUAUGCUUGAACAGCUUGCGGAUCAAGUUGCAACAUCGAAGCAGAACUUAAACGCCCUACGAGCGUUAGUGGUGGGUGUGACGGCUCUUCGUGAGGCCGAACGCCGCUCGUGCUGGGGCCGCCCUUUGGGCUCACGCGCUUUAUGGGGUCACCACGACCAUGCGAUUGCACGUAUUCAUAGAAUUGUUAACAGUAUUCGGAUACAGGAGCCUGGUCCGGAAGUAGUCCCUAAGCUUCAUGACUUGCCUGAGGAAUGCAUCAGGGAGAUUCUACUGAGAAUAUCGGAUCACAGGGACUUGGAUGCAGCGUCGUCAGCCUGGUCAGUGAUGGCGUCACUAUGUUCGGAGCAUCGUGUUUGGCGGGAAUUGGUAAAUUUCCACUUCACGUCGCAGCAGAUCGACUCUGUGCAGAAGACUGAUGCAGAUACUGAUUGGAAGAAGCUCUUCCAUCAGCUCAGGAGGUUGUACGGACUUCGUGAAGAUGCGCAAUACGCUGAGACAUUGUCUCUUUGUAGACAUUGCAAAUGUCUAUUUUGGCGUUCGCUGGGACACCCUUGUAUAGCAGAUCAGUGUCCUGAGUAUCGAGAGCGCCUGAAAGAAGCCGGUGGGCCUCUGCCCCCUCACCCAGUUCCGCCCGCAGCUUUCCUAAAGUUUUUCUCGCUUUAAAAUAUUAAACUUUAGCAAACAGUAACUCAAAAUAUAAUUGUUUCUGAAUUAAUAAUGUGUUAGAAAAUACUAUGAUUUUAUAACUUAACUACACAAAAUCCAUAUAAUAGGUUCAAAUGCAAAAAUUUCCUACAAAUGAAUUAUAAACAUUAAAAAAAGGUAUAUGGAAAUUUAAACCUUAUAAAUGUAUUUAAACAGCAAAAUCAAACAAAAAUUUGGAGUUGAAAUUGGCCAUCUGUUUUUAGAGUUAAAUACAACUUGUUAUUAUUAUUAUUCACAUAUCCCCUAAAUUUAUCUGAGUCAAAGGUUUUGAGUUACUGUUUGUGGUUUAUAAGUAAAUGUUACCUAAAACAUGUGAUAAACUUGAUUCAUGAUGGUUUACUUUCACUGGGGAUGUUAUAUUUGAAGAAUGUGUUACUUUUAUUCUAAUAUACUAAAAGUUAUAAAAUUUAUCAAUUGAUUUCGAUUAAACGGCAUAUUGUAAUUUAAUUAAUGAGUGAAUUAUUUGUAGAAAUAUAUUUCUUCUGUUUUAUUGUUUUGGUUAAGGUUUUGGAAAAUAUUGUGCAAUAUUAUGAUUAGGCGUUGUUGGCAUUGGAGGUCCUAUUAAAAGUGGUGUGCAAAAAAAUCCUAAGCAAUAUCAAUUAUUUUAGUUUUAUUUAUGUGGUUUAUUGCUAAAUGGUUUAUAUUUUGCUAUUACGUCCUAAAUUACCACUAUUUAAGAACUAGGCAGCUUACUAUGUUAAAAUCGCUGAAAAUGUGUUCAUUUUGUCUAAUUUGAUACUAUUAUACUGUCUUGAGUCUAAACACUAAUUAAGCAUCACAUAAGAAUUUAUUAAAAUAUAAUCAUAACUAAUAUUAUAAAUGUAAAUGUAGGAUUCUACACAUUAAUGAAUCUUCAAAAUGUUGUGGAACUAUAAGUUUAACCCCUACAGUAAUUUUAAAUUAAUCAGCCAGAUUUUUGCACCUGUCUCAUUUAAUGUUUUAAUUUAUAGCCAAGAGUGUUAAUCACCCCUACUGUGUCGGACUCAUAAAGUUGUCACAUAAUUUCAUGUAAUCACUUAGAAUUAUAAAGUAGAUCUUACUACUACUUUACUAAAAUGUUAAAUUACUAAAAUUGUGCAUAUUUUAUACAAACCGCACCAGUAUUCUUAAAUUAUUCACAACUUGAAUUUAAUAUCCUCCCAACAAAAAUUUUAUAAUUAUGAAUUCUAGUAGAUUAAUGUAACUUGUUUGUAUCUUUUUUUAUUUAAUAUAGACCAUUACGAUAAAUUGUCCUGUGAUACACCAUGACAAUUUUUUAAAAUUAUCAUACUAUUAUGGGAUGAAACAAAUGUGCUGAAAGGUGCAAAGUAAUACAAGCAUGUAAUAUACCUUGUUGGUGUUGGUCUAAAGAAUACAGCUUAUUGCUGAAUAUUGUGUUUAAAUAUUAUGAAAUGAUUGAAAUUGACAGUAUCUGACUUAAUUUGUGAUUUAUUUAGUAAAGGAUUUGUGUAUUUUAAUGCCAUUGGGCUUACUAAUAUAAUGCAUAUAAGAAAUAUGCAAUCUAGUUAAAAAACUGAAUAAAAAUUAUGAUCUCUGAAUACAUAUUUUGACUAUUCAAUGCAAUAAAUACAAGUAGUAGAAUUAAAUAAGUAAGAUAUUUUUAUAUUACUUAUUAACAUAACACUUCCAAACAAUGGUUUGGCACAUUAUUAAUCAAGUACAUAAGCCAUAACUAUUGACAACUUACCUAAGCAUAGGUUGUAAUAUGUAGAUAGCUUUCUACAUUUAUAAGUUUGCUUCGUAACUGAUACUAUAUUUGAUAAAUAAUAAAAUAAACUCACAUUUAGUUUUCAAACUGAUACUAUGUAAGAGAACAUCUGGCCUAAAACUAAAUGAUGUAUUGUCCAAUGGUUUAAUAGAAUGCCACUAUUCUGGUGUAAGUUUAAAGAUUUACUUACUAUUCUGUCUUAUCAAAAUUUAUACAAUAAAUAUGCUUGAAUCUUUCAAAACAGUUUUGUAAAAGUUCAUUGAAUAUUUACAAACCUAGAGUUAACAGCAGUGAUUAGAAGAAGAAUAGUAAGUAAAACAUUGUUAGAAUAUGUCUAAGUCUGAUUAAAAUUGUUCAUUGUAGAAUCAUAGAGUAGCUGUUAAUAUUGUGAUAUUUUAAGAUAAUCUUACGGAAAUGGAUUUGUGUUUUAUUGUAUGUUUAGAAAUGUAGUACUUUUUGUCCUUGUAUUUACUUUUUGUUUGGUCUGUGAUUGUGAUUUUAUUGAAUUUUUUU